AACAAAAGCUCCUGCACAAAGAAAACCUGCAACUCCACGUACAUCAAAUAAAAAGUUAGUAUUUUCAUCUUUUUCUGGUUGUCGGAGCUACUGGUAUACCUACUGUAUCUUUUUUCCUUUAUUAAUAUAGAGCCCCAGAUGCUGUUAUUGUUCCUGAAAAACGACGUCGUGAUAAUUUACAGGAUAAUUUAAGUAAAUUAUUCAAAGUUGAUGCUGAUGAAGAUAAUAAUCCUGCUAAACGUCGACGUACGCCAAACUCCAGAUUAACAAGUCCUUAA